AUGGCAGGUAUCAAGUUGACGCAUAAGCUUUAUCAGUAUUAUCAAUUAGCCACAAGCUUUUUGUAUGCUGCAUUAUUGAUACGGUGGCUGAUAUUAAUGCCACUGGUAGGGUCUCGGUUUUUACCGGGAGGAAUCCACGAAUUCUUGAUAUAUUUGAUGUUUUAUUCCAGCAUCAUGGAAGUUAUUUGGUUGCUUAGAUUCCACGGGUUCAAAUAUGGUUUGCUUUCAAGAACGUUUUUGAAAGACCUAAAUUUUAUCUAUUUAGUCAGCGUGAUCCAUUUUUAUGACGAUUAUGAGCAUGCAUUGAUCCUCAAGAAUGCAUCAUAUUCUAGUUUCAUUAUUUCCUUAUCUUUAUCACAGGCAUAUUGCCAUUGGUGCAAACUUUUUAAACGUAAGGGCGUAAAGGAAAGAACACUUGUAUGGAAGGUUAACACAUUUGUUACAUUGCCAAUUCUCUACCUGAGUGAAUUUGCAUUGCUACUAUUAAAUAUCCAGGUUAAGAACUAUCAUUCUACCCCGACUUUGGACAUAAUCAACAGGGUGGUUUUACUAGCAUACUUCCCUGUACUACUAACAGCAUACAAAAAACUAUUAACAAAAUGA